AAUUCUGGUGCUAGAGAGAAAACUAAAAGCUCUCAAGCUCUCUCUCUCUCUCACUGCAAAGCUCUGCAGAGACUUGAGCAAAUGAUUCCACACAUUUUUCUCUCUCAUUAGUACUAAUUUGUCUGGCUUUCUGUUGAACCUUUUCUGGGUGUGUGUGUUAUCAGCAGCAAAGCUGCAGGUGCAUGAGAGGGAGGUGGUGGUUGUUCAAAGUUCAAUUCAAAGUUCAAACACAUAUUGAAGACUGGUGGAUGAGAGGUUUGCAAUGGAAAUGAAAGGCCUGUUGGUGGUGAAUGACAACAGCAUGUCUAGUUUGACCUCCACUGCGUCCGGUGAGAUCUGUGCUUCUUCAGGUUCCGGAAGUGAAAUUCAUGGCAACAGCAACAACUUGUAUUCUCAUCACUCCUUUGCUUCCACAAAUCAUCAACCACCUCCUCCUCCAAAGAAGAAGAGAAGCCUUCCAGGCAAUCCAGACCCAGAUGCGGAAGUGAUAGCCUUGUCGCCGAGGACGCUCACGGCGACCAACCGAUUCACAUGUGAGAUCUGCAACAAAGGGUUUCAGAGGGACCAGAACCUCCAGCUCCACAGGAGAGGGCACAACCUGCCAUGGAAGCUGAAGCAAAGAGCGAAGCAAGAACCGAUAAGGAAGAAGGCGUAUGUCUGCCCCGAGCCGACGUGCGCGCACCACGACCCGUCGAGAGCGCUUGGUGAUCUCACCGGCAUCAAGAAGCACUUCUACCGGAAGCACGGCGAGAAGAAGUGGAAGUGCGACAAGUGUUCGAAGCGCUACGCGGUCCAGUCGGAUUGGAAGGCUCACUCCAAGGUCUGCGGCACGAGAGAGUACAGAUGUGACUGCGGAACCCUCUUCUCUAGGAGGGACAGCUUCGUCACUCACAGAGCCUUUUGCGAUGCCUUAGCAGAAGAGUGCGGAAAAGCCACUCCUCCAAACCCGCCCAGCUUCUUGAUCUCCUCUUCACGACCUCCGACCACCACUUCACUCGCUGCUUCCCACCUCAAUCUCGAGAACAUCAACUCUCUCUCCAUCAAAAGAGAGCAAGAACAUCAGCAACAUCAGCAGGUUCACAUUUUCAACCCCAGACAAGAAAUCACUGGUCCCUCGUGGAUACCAUCGCCUUAUAGCUCACAUGGGACCUUGUCGUCACCGUCGUCUUUGUUGGACCCGUCGGUGCAGGUUCUACAAAACCCUAACUUGGAUAAUAAUCUGAGUACUUGUUCUUCAUCUUCUUCCUCACCUCACAUGUCAGCAACUGCGCUGCUGCAAAAGGCAGCACAGAUGGGGGUGACCAUGAGCAGCAACCCCAGCUCAUCACUUGGAAUCAUCAACUGUAGUACCCCACUAGCAAACAGUCGCAUGCACGGCAAUAAUAAUCUGGUGAACUUGGGCUCACGUGACCAUGAUCAUCAUCAUCAUCCUCGAGAUCGUCAGCUGGGAACAAGUCGGUUUGGUGAUCAGGGCUUGUCGUCUUUCGGGAGUAAAGCUGUCGUCACUCCUGCAGGCGUUUCAGGAGGAGCGGACGAACCAGGUCCUCUUCCUCAUCUUCAACAAGACAUGAACGUGAUGAUGAUGAUGACGAUGAACCCGCUGUCGUCCUUGGACGGGGCUGAUGAUGAUCUGAACGGGAUGAUCUUGAACAACAAUUACGACAAUUAUAUUCCCGAAACACCAACAUCGGACCACGGGGGUGAUGAUUUUAAGGAUGCAGCAGCGACCUCGGAAUCAGCAAAAAGGUUUCGACUUGAGGGCAAUAAUGAUAACAUGGCGACCAGAGAUUUCUUGGGUCUCAGAGCAUUCUCGCCGAAGGAUUUUCUCAAUCACAAAGUUGAUGGGUUUGACUCAAUGGGUUGGCGUGGAGGAACAAAAGAUGAUGGGCUUCUUCAGAGUGAAAGCAAGAACCAAGCACUUUGACACGGCUAAAGCUCUUUUCUUUUUUUACCUUGUUCAGUCAACCUCAGCCAGCGCAGCUUUCGGCCUGCUCAGAGAGAGAGAGAGAGAGAGUGAGUGUUGGGACGCCUUCAUGGGAACUUUAUACUGCCGUCGAGGAUUGUCUUAAAACCUUAAAAUGUUAGAGACAAAUAAGACUUCAAAAUAUUUAAAUUCGGAAUCUCUUGCUCUGAUAUUA